AAAAAAAAGAAAAAACACAAACAAACCCUCACAAAACCACACGUCCACACCUCCGUCGUCCGACUCUCCGGCCACCGCCCGCCGCCGGCCGCAAAUGCCGGAGCCGCAGGCGAUCCUCCCGCUCCGUGCGCUCCCGCCGGACGCGCCGCUCCCCCUCCCGGCGCCGUUCCACAGCCCGGCCACCCCCACUGCCGCGCCCACCGCCACAGCCCCGACGACCACGCCCCCCAACCCGCCUCCUCCCCCCGCGGUGCCGCCGCCCACCUUCUCCUCCUCGCGGCCUCCGCACCCAUGGGAGAUCGCCGCGCGCGCCUGGCUCGAGUCGUUCCCCGACGGCCGCGCGCCCACCGAGCCCGAGGUCGACGCCUACAUCGACGCCCACCGCCCCGAGCUCCCUUCCCUCCCCCGCUCCCAGCUUCACCAGCGUCUCCUCGCCCUCCGCGGCGACCAGAUUUUAGAUGCAGACCAAAGUGCAUUCCCAUAUAGGUUCCAGCGGACUGAUCUUUGGAAGCCUGUGUACAAGUGGUUGGAAUCUCUUGAAAUAGAGUCACUAGUUACAUCAAAGGAGAUAUCGGAGUGGCUUACAUCAAACCCACAGAUAAUGGACAGGUUGGUUGAGAAGCACUCAAAAUAUCAUUUGAUACACUACACCCAGAGGAUGCACCUGAAGCUGCUGAAGAAGAGGGGCAAGAUACCAAAGAGUCUACAACUUUCUGCGGCUAGAGCCACGGUCCCGCUGAGUGCUUCCCCAGUGACCCCACAAGAAAGUACAGUGACUGUAAGGAAAUCUCUACCUCCAGUGACAGGUGUUAGUGCAAGCAGAUUUGUGGGCGUCGAUGCUCCUAUAAGGGACAAGAAGAUGUCAUUAUCCAAAAAGAAGGAAGCUUUCCUUAAAUAUGAACUUUUGACAGAUUUGCAGAAUCAGUUGACCAGCGUGUUGUUAAAGCAUCGCCGUACUGUUGCUAUUAAAGAUACAAACUCGUCAUUUGUGGGUUUUCAGAAGCCAGAGACUAACUUAAGUAUGCAAGAAGGGGCUGCUACUGCAAGCGCAUCAACCCCUAAAGAGGUGACGAAGCUUUAUGUUAAUGAACAGCUAAACCAAGGAGCCCAAGGAGCGGCAGACAAUGAAUUUGGCCAGAAGAGAAAAAGGAACCCUAUCAUUGUUACACCUGCUUGGUGUUAUAGUGAAGCUACAACAGGAACUUUACAGCAUGAGCCAAAUUCUAGUUCACACAGUGAUGGUGCAAGAGGUUAUGAUAUUUGGAAGGGACAUGUUAAUCCAUCGUUUCCACAAAGAUCCAUUAAGAAAAACAUACUGCUAUGUCUAGAAGGGCGUGAAGCUGGGGCCAACUGGUCUCAAACUUGUUCAAAUGGAGGGCAUGCUGGAAGGAACUGUGAGAGAUGGAUCCCUUUUCUUGAUGGAUGGAAUUCUCCCGCGGUCCACUUUGAAGGGCCUGCCGUACAUCUCGUAAAACAAAGUUACCUAUCUUGGUGUCCGACUUCAUGUGCUUAUACGUCAAGCGCUCCUUCUGCUCAACCUUAUGACAGGCAAGGUGUACGCAAAGUUCUUGAUGUAAAGUUUCAUCCAGAAGGGUUGCCACAACUUGUCUCUUGCUCUAAUGAGGCACCAAAUGAAUUAUUGCUUUUCAAUCUUCUUUCUGGAAGAGCUACUCAACUUAGAGGUCACAAUACCAAGAUCCAAGCUACUGCAUUUGCGGUCAAAGGAGCAAGCAUAGUAUCUUGUGGUUCUAAUCUAUUAAAGGUAUGGGAUUGCAUUACUGGAUCUUGCCUCUAUACCUUAGGUGGUGAUGAUCACAAUUCAGUGGGACAUACUCAAAAAAUUAAUGCUAUGGCUGUUAAUAAAUGGCAAUCCUGUCUUGUUGUCACUAGUGGAGCAAAAGGCGACGGUAAGCUUCUACUAUGGAAUGCUUUGAGAGGAGAGCUUGCUUCUGAUCUAAAUUCAAACUUGAGGUCCCAGGAUAUGGUCUAUCCUUCAAUUGAUACAAUGGAGUUCUGCAGUGAAAAUCUUCUGGCAUGUGGAAGUGAUUGUGAAUAUGGAGGCUCAGCUGUGGUACAAUUGUGGGAUAUCGAGUCUCCAGAAUCUUACCUAUCUUUCUCCGCGAGUGAUUCUUAUAUCACUUCCCUUAAAACCAAUCCUUCUGGCAACACCAUUAUCACAGGUUCUGGUGAUGGUACUAUUGGUCUAUUUGACGUCCGUGCUUGUUCUGCAAUUAAUCAUUUGUCAGUGGGAUCUGGUUGUGAGGUCACAUCUGUUUCAUUUAGCAACUGUGGUACCUAUUUUUCCGCUUCUAGCACAUCAAACAACACACUGGUUUGGGAUACAAGACUAGUUCCAUUAAGCCAAAGCAAGGAUGUUUCACGAAGUAAAGACAUGCGUUUUUUCCGGCCUUUGCAUUGCCUGAGCCAUGGCAAGCAGAUGCCUACUGCAGAAUAUACAAGUCAACUGCCCGGGCAUGUUGAUGUGGGUGAUCAGGGGGUAAAUGCGAUCCAUUGGUUGCAUAAAGAACCUGUACUUGUUACUGUAAGUGGUGAUGGCAGUGUUGGAAUGUGGGAUGUUACUCUAGGUCAACCUUGUGUCAGACAUAUCCUCACACAUAAUCGAUGUGCUAAUGCGGUUGCUGUUGCUCCUAAUGACGAAUACAUUUCCACGGGUGGAAGUGAUCAAAAAGUCGUGUUAUAUCAUAAUAAAAGUGGGCGUGCACAGCUUAAUUGGCGUCUCACAUAUCCUCUCCCAGGAAAUGAUUAAUGUGCUGCCAGAAUUUGUAGAACACAAUCUGAGUUAUCUGCAGUAGUAGGUUGUUUAGCCAUGGUGGAAAGUCUGCUGCUCCAAAUAGAACUAGAGCCAGGGCUGGUAUUGAAGCCUCUGCUUGAUGGACGACUGCAGCUUGUGUUGGGUCUUGAUAUAAAUGAAUUCUCAUGCCUCCUUGCAAGUUGAGUCUGUACCUUUUUAUUCUUCUGUAAAGAGAAUUUUGAUGACUUGAACAUCAAUCUGACCGAUAA